UUGACCUUCCAGUUCCAGCAGUCACACUCAAACUGCUCGUUGUAAGUUUCCAACCAACCAACUUGGCAGUCAUCUCUCUGCACUCUGCGCUCUGCGCUCUGCGCUCUGCGCAUCACAGAGAAACCCAAGAUAUAGCUGUAUGAUCCCGCAAAGGCACUUGACAUUUUCUUAUAUCGACAAUUCUUUCACCCAAAUGGCAGAAACCCAUAUACCUGCAGCACUUCUUUUUAUCCUACUCAUUUCAAGCUCACUUCUAGUGGUGGAUUCUGCCAUUGGUGUGAACUGGGGUACCAUCUCCUCUCAUCGGAUCCCACCCUCCGUAGUGGUCGACCUCAUGAAGGCAAACAAGAUACAGAAGGUGAAGAUCUUUGACACAGACCCAGAUGUUCUUUCUGCUCUAAUGGGUAGUCGGAUUGAGGUCAUGGUGGGGAUCCCAAAUGGGAUGUUGGCGCUGUUGGCUUCAUCUCCCGUUGCUGCAGAUUUAUGGGUUAGCCAGAAUGUGUCCAGAUAUAUGGUUAAAGGCGGAGUUGAUAUCAGGUACAUAGCAGUCGGGAAUGAGCCCUUUCUAUCGAGUUACUCGGGACAAUUCCAGUCUUAUGUCAUGCCUGCACUGCUUAACAUACAGCAGUCCUUGGUGAAAGCAAAUCUGGCAAGCUUUGUGAAACUUGUAGUUCCUUGCAAUGCUGAUGCCUAUGAAUCUUCCCUUCCCUCUCAAGGAACCUUCCGACCAGAACUGACUCAAAUCAUGACACAAUUAGUUUCCUUCCUCAGUGCAAAUGGUUCCCCAUUUGUUGUCAAUAUCUACCCCUUUCUAAGCCUUUAUGAUGACAAAGACUUUCCACAGGACUAUGCAUUCUUUGAAGGAACAACUCACGCAGUUACGGAUGGACAGAACAUUUACUAUAACGCAUUUGAUGGGAACUUUGACACUUUAGUUGCUGCCCUCAAUAGAAUUGGAUAUGGUCAGAUGCCUAUAGUCAUUGGUGAGGUAGGUUGGCCCACAGAUGGAGCCCUCGGUGCGAAUCUAACUGCUGCAAGGGCCUUCAAUCAGGGCCUCAUUAAUCGCAUUCUCAGUAACAAGGGAACCCCUUUGAGACCAGGGGUUCCACYGAUGGACAUUUAUCUUUUCAGUCUGCUUGAUGAAGGUUCCAAGAGCAUUGUUCCUGGGAACUUCGAGAGGCACUGGGGAAUUUUCUCUUUUGAUGGGCAGGCCAAGUAUCGUCUGAACCUUGGUUUAGGCAAUGGGCUAUUGAGGAAUGCAAAGAAUGUCCAGUAUCUUCCAUCAAGAUGGUGCAUUGCAGAUCCGACCAGGGAUCUUUUAGAUGUGACCAACCACAUUAAACUUGCUUGCGGUGUUGCAGAUUGCACAACACUCGAGUAUGGGGGAUCAUGCAAUGGAAUUGGAGCAAAAGCGAAUAUCUCUUAUGCAUUCAACAGUUAUUAUCAGCUGCAGAAACAAGAUUCACAGAGCUGUGACUUCGAUGGGUUUGGAUUAGUAACUUUUCUCGACCCUUCAAUUGGUGACUGCAGAUUUCUGGUGGGAAUUAGUGAUACUAGUUCCUCCAAUGUUGGGCCACGUAGUAGUUGGUUUGCUGUCUGGGUUAUGGUAUUGUGGGUGGUCAGGUUUUUAAGAAUCUGUGAUGCGUAGGCGGUUUUUAAGUGACUGACUUGGUUCCCAUUGUCCUGUGUUUUGGAACCCAUUGCAAGUCAUGCACAGAAGAAUGAAAAACUACAGUCACUCAAGAGUAUAUUCCAAAUACUUAAUUAUUAGUUUCAUUUUAGUCAUUAUAGUGGUUGUAUGUAUCUUAUGAAGAACAAUACUGAAAAAUAGCAUUGUUGCAUGAUAUUUCUUCUUCGGUGAAGACUUGUAACUGUAAUAGUCUGGAAACUCAAAUGGCAUGUUCUUGAUUCUUUGAUUAUAUAGAAAGGUAUGAAUAUAAUUGACAAUUCUGGUCUAGUUUUUAUGUAGAUUCUGUUAGGACUCAAAUGGCAUGUUCUUGAUUCUUUGAUUAUAUAGAAAGGUAUGAAUAUAAUUGACAA